AUGGACGUGCACUGCCGCCAGUGCGCCAAGAAGAUCCGCAAGUCCAUCAGGGACAUGUUCGGUGUGGACAGGAUCUCCGCCUCGCACCAGACGGGGAUGGUGGUGGUGCACGGCGGCGACGUGGACGCGACGAUGCUGCGGUGGCUCCUGCAGCGCGCCAUGGGGAGGCCCGUCACCGUCCUCAGCGACGGCGGCCGGGAGUCGAUGCUGCACUACGAGGGGAUCAGGCACAUGGCGCCCACGCACUACGCGCCGCAUCCGCCGCCCUACGCCUGGGACCGCUCCCCCUACGCCGGCGGCGGCUCCUCCGCGCCCUACCACCACCCGUACCAGCACUGGGCCACGCCGCCGCCGCCGCACCCGCACCCGUAUGGCUCUACGUCGAGCAUGUUUGACGACAGCAUCCCCGGCAAUUCCUGCUCCAUCAUGUGA